AGAGGAAGAUGGCGGCGGCGUGCCUGGUAUUGCGGAGGUCGCUGCGGGGAGCAGUACUGCAGGGGGGACGGACGGCCUGGCCGGUGGCGCCUCAGGCCAACGUCUCCUUCUCGGCUCUGUCCCGGGGCAGGAAAGUGGCUCUCUCUACAUUGGGUAUUUUGGUCGCUGGAGGCUCCGGUCUGGCAUUUGCUCUCCACCAAUCAGUGAAAGCCAGUGAAUUAGAGCUGCACCCGCCAUCCUACCCAUGGAGCCACAGCGGAUUUCUCUCCUCUCUGGAUCACGCCAGCAUCCGCCGUGGUUACCAGGUGUACAAGCAGGUGUGUGCCGCGUGUCACAGUAUGGAAUACUUGGCCUUUAGGAAUCUCAUCGGCGUCUCCCACACUGAAGCAGAAGCCAAAGCUCUGGCCGAAGAGUUUGAGAUUCAGGAUGGGCCAGAUGAGAAUGGGGAGAUGUUCCUUCGCCCCGGGAAACUGUCCGAUUAUUUCCCCAAGCCGUAUGCCAAUGAGGAGGCGGCCAGAGCUUCCAACAACGGGGCACUGCCCCCUGAUCUCAGCUACAUCGCCAACGCCAGGCACGGCGGUGAGGAUUACAUCUUCUCUCUUCUGACUGGAUACUGCGACCCUCCUGCUGGCGUCACUAUAAGAGAAGGACUGUAUUACAACCCCUACUUCCCAGGCCAGGCCGUCGGGAUGGCACCCCCUAUUUAUAACGAGGUUUUGGAAUAUGAGGAUGGGACCCCGGCCACCAUGUCUCAGGUUGCUAAGGACGUCUCCACAUUCCUGCGUUGGGCUUCAGAACCGGAACACGACCAUCGCAAGCGAAUGGGCCUUAAAGUGCUGAUGAUCUCCUCCAUCCUCAUCCCUCUCAUCUACUACAUGAAGAGACACAGAUGGAGCGUGCUGAAGUCCAGGAAGAUCGCCUAUAGACCCCCCAAGUAACGGAGCAGAUUGUACCACCCCCCGUGUAUUGCUGGGCUCGGCUAGCGGGUGCAAUGGAUGAGUUGCCCAAACACACGGUCCCUCUGCUCAUCAGAGCAGGAAGCAGAUCAGGACUCGUUAUUCUCACAGGCGCUGCGUCCGUAGCUCCAUCUUUGCGUGUUUAUUUUUUUGUCGUAGGGAAUUUUUUUUUCCUGCUUCUCUGCAUUUUCAUUGUUAAUGUCCGUUAAAAAAAACAUCUUCAGGAGAUAAAGGGACUCGUGCAAAGAAAAGAUUUUCUGUCCAUUACAUCCCCUAAAUUAAACAAAAAUAUAUCUUUUAAACCAAA